GAAUUCCCCGCAGGGCGGAAGCGCCAGUGCUCCAGGGAGAGCCCAGAGACAGGCGGGCGGCCGCGGGGGCCCCUGAGGCUUCGGGGGCCAUGGCCGGGGUCGCGUGCUUGGGGAAAGCUGCGGAUGCCGACGAAUGGUGCGACAGCGGUUUGGGCUCUCUGGGUCCCGACGCAGCGGCCCCGGGAGGACCAGGACUGGGUCCGGAGCUGGGCCCGGGGCUGUCGUGGGCACCCCUAGUCUUCGGCUACGUCACUGAGGAUGGGGACACGGCACUGCACUUGGCAGUGAUUCAUCAGCAUGAGCCCUUCCUGGAUUUCCUCCUAGGCUUCGCGGCUGGAACUGAAUACCUGGACCUGCAGAAUGACCUGGGCCAGACAGCCCUGCACCUGGCAGCCAUCCUGGGGGAGGCAUCCACAGUGGAGAAGUUGUAUGCUGCAGGCGCAGGGUUGCUGGUGGCGGAGCGUGGGGGCCACACAGCGCUGCAUCUGGCCUGCCGCGUGGGAGCACACACCUGCGCUCGUGUUCUGCUCCAGCCCCGCCCCCAGCGCCCCAGGGGAGCCCCCAAUACCUACCUCACUCAGGGCCCUGACCGUGCCCCUGACACCGACCACACUUCGGUUGCCAUGUACCCGGAACCCGACUUAGAGAAGGAAGAGGAUGAGAACGAGGAGGACUGGAAGCUGCAACUGGAGGCUGAAAACUAUGAGGGCCACACCCCACUUCAUGUGGCUGUCAUCCACAAAGAUGCAGAGAUGGUCCGACUACUCUGGGAGGCCGGAGCUGACCUCAACAAACCGGAGCCCACGUGUGGCCGGAGCCCCCUGCACUUGGCAGUGGAGGCCCAAGCGUCUGAUGUGCUGGAGCUUCUCCUGAAGGCGGGUGCCGACCCUGCUGCCCGCAUGUACGGUGGCCGCACCCCACUGGGCAGUGCCACACUCCGGCCCAACCCCAUCCUCGCCCUCCUCCUCCGUGCACAUGGAGCCCCUGAGCCUGAGGACGAGGACGACAAGCCCGGUCCCUGCAGCAGCAGUAGCGACAGCGACAGCGGGGACGAGGGCGAUGAAUAUGACGACAUCGUGGUCCACAGUGGCCGGAGCCCAACCCGGCUACCACCCACCCCAGCUUCAAAACCUCUCCCUGAAGAUCCCGUCUGACUUCAUUGUUAAUAGCAUUUCCAACUUAAUAAAAUCCCAGUUCUGA